ACCGAACGGUGUGUGAACUGUAUCAGAACCAUCUGAGCAACAUUCAGAGCAACAGCAGCAAACCACAACGCUUGCAAAUCCUCAAAUCAACAAUCAUGAAGUGCAUCGCAGCUGUAGUCAUGAUGGCCGUCGCCGUUGCCGUCCAGGGAUCGUCCGUUACCUACUGGGGCAAUGGAGCAGCUCUGCAGCAUUUGGCGCCAGUUUCGGUCGGAAGCUGGGUACAGGAUAAUUCUUACGCCAGAAUUGUAUCGCCCUGGAACUACGCUUACCAGGCCCCUGUCGCCGCUCACGUUGCCGCUGCUCCAGUUGCUUACGUCGAACCGUACGCCUACCAGCCAGCCGUGGCCGUUGUCGCCCAGAAGGAGGCCCGCUAUCUGGCCGCUAACCGUGGUGCGGUGCAUGAGGCGCCACUGCCCGGCCACACCGUCAACCAGCAGUCGCUGAACCUGGAACCGGCACCCGGAACUCUGUAAAUUGAAUGAUCGGCAUAUAGGCGGCAUUUGUUGAGUGCUGCAAAAUAAAAGCGCGUUGUGAUAUUGUACAGUAA